UCAAUUUUGGAGAUAAAAAAUUCAAAGAAUAAGAUAUGCGGCUUUAAAAAAUUAUCAGUUCAUUACAGCCAAGAUAAUCCUCAGGUUAAAAGUCAAAAUAAAGAAUUAUUGCCAGUUAACAAGUAUGUCAAGAGAACACACACCUGCGGCGAGCUGGGAAUUGAAGACGUUGGAGAAACUGUCAGUCUGUGUGGAUGGAUGGAGUACCAGAGAAUGGGGAAAUUCAUUACGUUAAGAGAUUCUUAUGGAACUAUUCAGUUAAUGAUUCCUGAUGAUAAACAAUCUUUAAUCAAAGCUGUGGAACAGUCGAGCUUUGAGAGUGUUUUAUCGGUUACAGGGAAAGUUAUCCUGAGGCCGCCAGAACAAGAAAAUCGUAAAAUGAAAACUGGUAGCAUAGAGAUUCUUGUGGAAGCACUAGAAAUAGUAAAUAAUGCCGCAUCACAGCUACCUUUUUAUAUUAGAGAGCACAAUGUCCCCAAAGAAAUGCUGCAAAUGCAAUACAGAUACUUAGCGCUAAGGUUUCCCUCAAUGCAAAAUAAUUUACGACUACGAUCUGAGUUUAUGCACAAAUUACGAGGGUAUUUGAUCGACGACUGCGGGUUUGUCGACGUAGAAACUCCUACUCUUUUCAGGCGUACUCCUGGUGGUGCUCAAGAAUUUGUGGUACCAACUAGACAGCCAGGAGAAUUCUACUCGCUUGUUCAAAGUCCUCAGCAGUUUAAGCAGCUGCUGAUGGUCGGUGGAAUUGAUAGGUACUUCCAAAUGGCUAGAUGUUACAGAGAUGAAGGUGCUAGAUCCGACCGACAACCAGAAUUCACACAACUAGAUAUAGAAAUGUCGUUCACUGACCGUGAAGGUAUUAUUAGUUUAAUAGAAGAUCUUCUGUGUCAUUGCUGGCCUAAAGAGUCUGCUGCAUUGACUACUCCAUUUAGACAUUUCACUUAUGAGCAAGUGAUGGAGCUCUUUGGGACGGAUCAGCCGGAUUUAAGACUUCCCUACCGUAUUUUAAAUCUCCAGCAGUCGGAUUCUCGGGGUGAUAAUGAAAUUUACGCCUUACCGAUACCGAUGGGAGCUGAAUUUCUGACAAAUGCAGUGAAAGCUCAGCUUAAUGAUAUCAGAGAUAAGAAUUUUAAAGGUGUUAAAUUGAUGCAAAUAAAAAUACAAGAUGAUUCAUGGCCGGAGAAGGUCGAGAAAUUUGGCGUUGAUAUUUCUGGUAUGAAUCAGAAAUUGAGUGUCAAUAAAACUGAUGCUCUAUUUUUAGCUUCUGGAAACAAAAAUAAUGUUAGAAAACUUCUCGGCAAAAUUCUUGUAGAGUUUGCCAAUAUAAUAGAAUCAAAAGGACGUCAAAUAAGAACUCAAGGAUAUGAAUUUUUGUGGAUUGUCGAUUUUCCAUUGUUUGAAAAAAACGACGACGGAAGUAUUGCUUCAACUCAUCAUCCAUUUACUGCGCCGCAUCCUGAUGACUUUCAGUAUCUUGAGACUGACCCUUUUAAAGUACGAGGGCUGCAUUAUGAUCUAGUACUGAAUGGCUCUGAAAUAGCUGGCGGUUCUAUAAGAAUUCACAAUGCAAAGCUGCAAGAAAAAAUACUGAAAAUGCUGAACAUUAGUACUUCGCAAAUGAAACACUUGUUGGAAGCACUAGCAAGUGGAGCUCCGCCUCACGGUGGAAUUGCAUUUGGAAUGGAUCGUCUGAUAUCAAUUAUAUGUAAAUCACCGAGCAUAAGGAAUGUAAUAGCCUUUCCCAAGACCAUGGAAGGUCGAGACCUUAUGUCUGGAGCGCCGACUGAGAUAUCCGAGGAAGAAAAAAAAUUAUAUCACUUAUCAAUACUAAGUAAUGAAAAUGAAAAAAAUUGUUGA